GGCUGAGGUCAGUAUUGAGCGCGUCCCCGGCUGCCUGUGAAUGCGGAAGUCUUUCAUACAUAGAAGGUGAUGAGACUUGGAUUUGCCUCAACAUGUCUUGGAUUCGUGACAAGGAGCUAUCAUUGAUUGAACGCUUAUGUGCAAAUGUCCUUAAGGCUGGCCCAAUGCCCAAACAUGUUGCAUUUAUCAUGGAUGGAAAUCGAAGAUAUGCCCAAAAAUGCCACGUUGAGAGACAGGAGGGCCAUUCGCAGGGAUUCGAAAAGCUUGCUGAGACGUUGCGCUGGUGUUUAAACCUUGGAAUUUGUGAGGUGACAGUAUACGCUUUCAGCAUAGAAAAUUUCAAGCGCUCUAAGGAAGAAGUGGAUGGCCUUAUGGAACUAGCUCGACAGAAGUUCACUCGCCUGCUUGAAGAAAAAGAUAAACUUCAGAAACAUGAAGUUUGUAUACGGGUGAUCGGUGACCUGAGUUUGCUUCCUUUAGACAUCCAAAAGCUAAUUGCACAGGCAGUCCUGGAAACAAAGACCUACUCUAAGUGUUUUUUAAAUGUUUGUUUUGCUUACACAUCCCGACAUGAGAUCAGCAAUGCUGUUCGCGAGGUAGCUUGGGGAGUACAAGAAGGUCUUAUAGAACCCAGUCUUUUGUUUCUUAGCGAUGUGUCCGAGAAUCUUCUGGACCAAUGUUUGUACACCUCAAACUCACCUGACCCUGACCUUCUUAUCCGUACCUCUGGUGAAGUUCGACUCAGUGACUUUCUUCUAUGGCAGACUUCACAUGCCUGCUUGGUAUUCCAGUCAGUCUUGUGGCCAGAGUACACCUUUUGGAAUCUAUGUGAGGCUGUUCUGCGAUAUCAGUACAAUUACAGUGCAAUUCAGAAAUCCAAAGAGCUGUACAGUAGGGAGCGCUCUAAACUACAAAAUGAAAUUGACCAGUCAUGGGUACAACAGAAUAUGUGUUAUAUGGAGCACAGUGAUGAAAAGGAGAAAACUGAAGCUUUUCAGAGGCUAUUGCUUCAAUGCCGAACAGAAAGAGAACAUAGGACACAAAACUUUUUAAAAGCACUGGAGAGAAAGAGUGAAUGUUUUCUACAAUCACUCUGCACAAAUUAAAUUUGAAAUAUUCUUCCUGAACAUGGUUUUACAUUCUCUCAUUCAAGUAUUCUGCCUGCUGCCACAAAGAUUCAACACAGUGCAAGCAUCUUGGUUGAUUUAGGGCAGAAGAUUAGAAACGUAAUGUUACAUCGGAUAUGAGUUGUCUUUAGAGCACCUGAGAACUCCAGACAAAGUUAACUUAUCCCCUAUCCACAGGAUAGAGAAUAAGUAGCUGGGACAGUGGGAGUUCGACCGCUGGGACCCCUGCGAUCUCUGGAACGGACCCUGACUUUCUCAGCGAGGAUCACGUGUCGUCUACCAGUAGACAGCACACGCUCCAUUCAUUUCAACGGAAGCACCAAUGAUGCCCGGUUGCUGUACUCGGGUCUUUUCUGUGCUGCCAUAGAAAUUUAUGAAGCACGGGUCGUCUACUGCAUGUGCUACUCACUGAAAGCCGUGUCCAGGUUCUGAAAUAGUGGAGGGUCCCAGGGGUCGGAACCUCCGGGUUCAGCUACUUAGUCCCUAUCCUGUGGAUGGAGGAUAAGUUAAUUUUGUUUGGAGUCCUCCUUUUAAUGUAGGCACCUUCAACUGUGGUCCUCCAGCUGUUGCAAAGCUUUGAAUUCCAGCAUUCCUUUACAGCAUCCAGGUGGUUGCAAGGUAUUGUCAUUUUCAAACACCUGGACAGCCACAGUUUGGAGGUCACUGCAAUGACAAAGAGAACUCCCAAAACACUACUCACAGUAUAUUUCCAUUCUAAAUUAUACAAAGUCCUUUCCCUAUCAGACUUGGCAUGAGAGGGAUCUAGGUCAGGGAAGUAACUUGCUGCAACAGAAACCCUUCCUUUACCCUCAUCCUCUCUACAGUGGAAGUCUGGGGCAUAGUUAUCCACCAGCCAAAAUGGAAUGGCAUUGAAAACAGGGCUAUGUGCACACACAGUAUUUUGUGACUCAUUUUGAGGCUCAAAAAGACAUGUCUCAAACAUUUAUUUUCUGGGACAAUUUUUUGACCUAUUUUUUUUUACCCCCUUUCUUUUUUUAAAACGAAUAUGUCUUAACCAGUUGUUGAUAUCAAAAGUUGUUGAUCGCAUUUGGUUGUGAGUUAUUAGCCGACGGAAGUGGGUCAUUGCACUCAGCUCGCUGGCCGGCUGAGAUAUCUCUGCAUAAUGUUUUAAACAUUAUAUGGACCUUUUUUUUAUUUUUUUGGGGAUCUUUUUACACCUUUUAAAUUAUUCCCAAAAUACAAUGUGUGAAUAUAGCCUUGGACUAGAUUUCGUGGAUUGCAGAACAACUUGCAGACUCAAAUAGUUAUAUGCCAAAAUGUCACUUUGAUUCUCCAAAAGUAAAUCGCAAACAUAAUACAAUAUAGAUACUGUAUGUGCAUUGCACACUAUAGGUAACUUGGAAACAAAGAUGCUGUAUAAACACAGAAAAAUUACUUGUAAUGAAUUUUUUUUUUAAAUGGUGCUUCUUUUAUUUGUAGUCUAUACUGCCAAAAAACAACAAACCAAUUUUAUUCGCAUAAUUCACAUAAUUUAUGUCUUUUUAUAGUAAAAAAAAAUAAUAAUAAUAAACUUGAGUAAUAUUGAUACUUGGGAAGUUUAGCAUUUUUCAAAAUAUGAAAUUCUCUGCUUAUUGUAAGUGAAGAAGUUCUCAUAGGUAUGCUACAACAUGAGUCAAUGUCUAACACUUGCAGUAUGUCUAUUGUUGCUAUCAUUUUAUUUUCAUUUUUACUGCUAGAAAGUAGUGCUGGGCGGUAUACCGGUAUGAACCGGAUACCGUUUUUUUUUUUUCUCCCACAGUAUGGAUUUUUGCCCAUACCGCUAUACCGGUUGGGCCCCUCCCCCACCCUCCGGAUGAAUUAUAGAGCCCAGCGCAGCGCCCUCACUUGUCCCGGUGUGCUUCUCUGGCCCGAUUCCAAGAGUGGAAUCGGGCCACAGAAGCUAAUCCAUUUACUGUGUCGUCGUCCCCCCCCCGCUUCGCCGGUCAGCCAGUGUCCCCGCGUGCACGAUCAAUCCCCACCACUAGCGGGAUCCAUGUGCCCACUAGCGGUGUCACAAGAAGAAUGCCUCCUGCGAGCGCUACCAUCACCACUAGCGGGGGGUCCCUGUGCCCACUAG